UACCGUCGUCCUUCAUUCCAUUUACUAGAGAGAAAGAGAGCGAGAGAAACGAGCCAACAUUUAUUUCAUUUUAUUUUUUUCUUAAUUUUUACCAGCACGAAACAAAAUCGCUCUCUUCUCCUCGAUCGGAUCUGGUGAAAAAAAAAAAAAACGCUCCAAUUUAAGUAACCGAAGAGUGCACGAUCACCGCCACCGCAAAGCAACCAAAGAUAGCAACAAAGCGCAGAGAGAAAACCCUAAUUUCUCCGAUCGAGGCGAGGUUGGGUCGUCGGUGAUGCUGCCGGAGCUCCGCUGAUAUCUUCAUUCGGUUUAUUGAUCGGCGGCCGGAUCGGGCGAAGUCGAUGGAUAAGAACAAGAGCAGAACCGAUAUGCUCGCUGCUGGCCGAAAGAAGCUCCAACAGUUUAGAAAGAAGAAGGGGAAAUCUUCGGGCAAGGCCAGCAAGCCUGAGAAUGGUGGUGAUCCUGAGGAGCUAUCAAAACUACCAGAUUCUCCAUCUGUUCCCUCUGCUAAACACGGAAGGGACCAAGAAGAGCAUCCUACUAUUUCUUUAGAUCGCCAGGAAGCUAACCAUUCUGGAUCUCAAGAAUUCAACGGUGAGAUAUUGGAGAAUAGAGAGGAUGAAGCUGAUGGAAGCAUUCAUGUUAUGGCUCCAGAUUCGGAGAGGACCAAUGAAGAUGGUGCUGCUGCUUCUACUUCAUCUGAAGUCACUGAAGAAGGUGCAGAAAGUCUUGUUUUUGACAAUUCUGAGAAUGGAAGAGACAGGAACCAAACUUCACCAGAGGAGCAUGUGAUUAGAGUUGGAAUGAUUGAGGAAAGUAUAACACCUGAUCAAGAAGCUACUCAAUCUUCAUUUCUGGCUGGAAGACUUGAAGAGGUUGGUUCUAUUGUAUCUGAUAAGCCCGAGGAGAGGACUCCUAUCCAAGAAAAUUCAGAUGCACAAUCUUUAGAACAAAAUAUGCUAUUCACUAACAGUGAAGGAGGUAUUAUUGUAGUUGAUGCUGAAGGGGAACAAAGUAAUAAUGAAGAAACUGCCAUCCAUCACAUAUUGGGGCUUGGAGCAACUCAGGAGGAAGCCAGGUCUUCUAUAUUGGCUGAAGAACUUCAGGUGGAAGAUGCAUCUGUUUCUGAUAAAGCUGAGGAAAGUUCUGCCGUUCUCCCUUUAUCACAGGAUUUUCUCUCUGCUGCAGCAGAAGAUAAUGCAGCUCCUGCUGAUGAGGAAGGGGAUAGAAGAAAUGAUGAAAAAGCCAUGCUUCUAUCUGAGUGGAAUCUAGAGUCUAAUGGGCCUCCUCUGCCUGAUAUAUUACUUAUGGAGGGAAAUAUGAGUUCUUCUUACAGGCCAGAAGACAGUAUUUCUGUUGAAGAAACUUUAGAUACCAUAUUAUCUGCUUCUCAAGGUACUCUGCUCAUGGAAGAGGGAGAUGGUGCUUCUAUAUGUAAUGAGGAAGGGGAUCGAAGAAACGAUGAAGAAUUUGGACAACACACUGGAAGAACUGAAGAGGUGGAUGGGUCUUCUAUUCAUAGCGAAGCACUGUUUCAUAAGGCAAGGGUUAGUCUUUCGGAUGAGCCUGAAGGGACUUCCUAUACUGAAGAAAAUCUGGAAAAUUCAGCUUCCUCUACCAAAGAUAUUCCACACUCCAAGAGCGAAGAUGUUGCCAUUAUUACAGACACAGGAGAGGAAAAAAGAAAUAUGGAGGAGAGAGUGGCUCAAUCUUCUCCUGGGAAGAAUGCCACUGUAGAGUCUUUGGAGAAGCUUUCUCCACGAGUGGUUGUAUCAUUUUGGGAGAUGACUGAGGAGAUUAACAAAGAAGAUUCUCAUGCGCUGAGCUCUAAUGAGGAAGUUGAGGAUAUUAGACAACUUCUUUACAUAACAACUCUUGAGAAGGAUGUCUUCCGGUUGCAGCUAGAAGAACAGAUUGUAUUAAGUGCAGAAAAAGAGCAACACUCUUUUGAUGAAAUGUUAAAACUCAGGGAUUUGGUGAAGGAAACUCAAAAUAGCAGGGGAAUGAUAAAUGAGGAACUUGACAAGUGCAGGUCUGAACUCCAGGCCAUGACUAUUGCGAAGGACGAACUUGGGAAUCAAUUUCUUUUCAUAGAAGGGGAAAUGGAGGAACUUCAGAUCAGGGCCAACGAGUUGCAGAAUAACCUGAAGCAGUCUCAAAAAGGGUUAUCUCAAGCUUUGGCAGAAUUAGCUGGUUGCAGAGCCUCAUUAGAUACCUUGCAGAAAGAAAAAUUGGACUUGACACAAAACAUAAUUUCUGAAAGAGAUGCAAGGAAGAAGCUCAUGGAUGAGAACAAUUUCUUUUCUAGUGAGAACAAGAAGCUCGCUUCAGAGGUAUUGGAAAAGAAGGACCAGUUAAUUAUUGCCCUUAAUGAGCUGGUACAACUUCAGAGCAGCCUCAGAGAUGCAGGGCCAUGCAUUGAGCAACUUAUUGAGGAGAACUUGUAUCUUGCUAGUAGUUUAGAUGUGCACAAAGCGAAGAUCAGGGAGCUCAAUGGAACGCGCCUGGAAUUACCUUUUAAAGCCAAAGAAUCUGGGAAUACAGGAAUGGUGUUGCUUCAGAAGGAUCCAGAAAAAGAUCAUGACAACUCCAUUUUAUUUGGAAUUUUGAAGCAGCAAUUGCAAGAGGCCAAUAUCAUAUUGCAUAACCUUGAGAAUUCAGUUGAUAAUAUGCACUCUUAUGCUGUGUCUUUGAGUAGGUCAGGUGGAAAAGCAGCAGCACCUGGAAUAUCAAAAAUUAUUCAAGCCUUUGAGUCAAAAGCUCAUAAUGUGGAGAGUGUUUCAGAUGAGAUGCCGUCUCCAAUUGAGGUAGAACACCCUGAAGAUUCAUAUGCAAUAACGAAGGAACAAACAUCCAGUCUCGGAGAUAUUCUAAAGAAGAUGGACUUGGAGUUAGAAAAGGCUGAACUUCCUUUAGCAAAGGAACAAAAUAGCAGAGAGCAUUUUAGCAAGUCGAGUAUGGAAUCUGAACCUGAAAAUCAACAGAAUAGCUUCUUUCAAGAAAGGAUUGAUGGGCUCGUUGAGAAUGUGUCUGCCUAUAAAUCAAAAAUAGCUGAACUUGAGAAUCAUAUAGAUGAAAUACAACAAGGUGCAAAUGAAGAGACAGCGAGGCUACUAAGUCAAGUAGAAAUGUUGCAGAAGGAAGUGAAUGACAGGUCAUUCAUUUAUAAGCAAGAAGAGGAUUCUAUCAGGGGUGUUAUUAUUAAUGCAACUGGAAAGCUUAAUGCUUCCACGGGACUGUAUGUAGGUGAUGGAUUGGAUGUUGGCUCCCAUGUUGUGGCUUCUGUUGAUGCUGCUUUACUGGCAAUUACACGUCUGCGUGAGAAGCUUGAAACCGCUUCUGUUAAUUACAGCACCCUUGAAACUUCGUUUGAGGACUUGAGUAGAUCAUUUUCAGACAUGCAAGGAAGGUAUAUUUUGGCUGUUGAGAUACUGAAAAAAACACACGGUGGAAUUAGCAAUGUUGUUUGUGAUUCAUAUCAGAGUGUGGAAGAUACUCUGAUAGAUGUGACUGCUGAUGAAUCCCUAGAGAAUCUGGGUGGAAACUUUGAUUUGCUUAUUGGACAUUUGCAGAAGCUGAAUGAUGAAUACCGCCACCUUUUAUCUAAAAAUACUGAGUUAGAGGUAGGAUUAUUAAACAGAAACCAUGAUAUCGAAGAGCUGAACAUGAGAUGUGAUGCUUUGUCCAAGGAGUUGGAAAAUGAAUGUCGUGGCAAAGAUGGGCUUGAAUCGAUUUUGAUGAAUAGAGGCAAAACUUUCGAAGAAUUGAGCAACAAGGUUUGUUUAUUGUCCGAGAGACUGGGAGAGCAUGAAUCAGGUAAGGAAUUAGAUGCUGUCUCUAUGUCUAUGACCUCUGAGAACAUGGAGACUGACUUCUGCAUGUCUAUGUUAUCACGACUUGAGGCAUUAAUUGCUAGCCAUCUUCAAAAGCAUGAGGAGAUUAUUGAGCAGUUGAAUUCUUCAAAGAUUUGCUUACAGGAAGGUAAUAUUGCUACUGAAGUUUCAGCUGAAAACUGGUCCUUGCCCUUGAAUAUCUUACUUAAGCAAGAGUUGGUACCUAAGGUGAGUGAAUUAAAAGAUAAAGUGCAGCUGUUAAGUGCCUCAAACCUUCAACAAGAAGCUGAAAUUAAAUUCCUCAAAGAGGGCUUGAGUAAAAUGGAAGAGGCUAUGGAAGUAUCUCAUUCUGAGUUGAACUCAAAAGUAUCUGAACUUGAACUUUCUGAGCAGAGGCUUUCCUCUGUAAGGGAGAAACUUAGCAUAGCUGUUGCGAAAGGCAAAGGUCUGGUUCUGCAGCGAGAUAAUCUUAAACAAUCUCUGAUGGAGAAGUCCAGUGAGCUUGAACGAUGCGUGCAAGAAUUGCAGGCAAAAGAAACACUGCUUCACGAAGUGGAGGCAAAACUUAAGUCUUGUUCAGAAGUGGACCGUGUUGAAGCUUUAGAAUCUGAACUCUCAUAUAUUCGGAACUCUGCAACUGCACUAAGGGAUUCUUUUCUUCUUAAAGAUUCCGUUCUUCAGAGGAUUGAGGAAGUCUUGGAAGAUUUGGAUUUGCCAGAGCAUUUCCACUCAAAGGAUAUAGUAGAAAAAAUUGAGUUGCUCUCCAGAUUGGUUGCUGGUAACUCUUCUUUUCCCAUGACUGAUUGGGAUCAGAAAAGUUCUGAGGGGCGCUCACAUUCUGAUGCAGGAUAUGUGGUUACAGAGGCUUGGAAAGAUGAGAUUCAGCCAAAUUCUACUCAAGAGUUAGAUGAUUUGAAAAGAAAAUAUGAAGAGCUUCAAAGCAAGUUUUAUGGCUUGGCCGAGCACAAUGAUAUGUUGGAACAAUCCCUGCUGGAGAGGAAUAGAGUUGUACAGAAAUGGGAAGAGAUGCUGGACAGGAUUGACAUGCCUUCACGGUUGAGAACAUCGGAUCCAGAGGAUAGGCUCGAAAGUUUGGGAAGAGCACUUUCUGAAAUCCAGCAGGAAAGAGAUGCUUUGCAGCUGAAGAUUGAGAACCUCGAGGUUUCUACUGACAUGCUUAUCGUGGACUUAGAGGAGUCUCACAAAAAGAUAUCUGAACUCAGUGCUGAGGUUGUAACUGUUAAAUCUGAAAAAGAUUUCUUUUCUGAAAGCCUGGACAAGUUGAGGUUCCAGUAUCUUGCACUGUCUGAGAAGGCUGUCCAUGAUGAAGUUGAGAGAGAGAAUUUACAAAGAGAACUAGCUAUCUUGCAGCAAAAGUUGGUUAAAGAAGUUGAGGUUAAGGGUCAUCAAGAUUUAAAAAAUGAGAUAAGGAACCUGCAUGACUUGGUUCUCAAUACAUUGCCAGAUGGUGAUAGGAUUGGGAUGGAUUACGACGGAAGCGAAAUAACAUCUCUGGAAGCAUUAUUGAGGAAGCUUGUUCAUAAUUAUAUAAUGCUGUCAGAAAAUUCCAAGCAUCCAAUUACCAAUAAGGAGGCUCAUUUUGAGGAAAGCAAUUCAUCUCUUGAUAAACAGUCAUCAAGAGAUGUUCUGCAUGACAAAGAUCAGGAGUUAUCAGGUCUGAGGGUGGAGCUUGAUGAGGCCUCUAGGAGUCUGAUUUUGGUGAAGGAGGAGCGAGAUGAAACCAUGGAGAAGUACCAUUCUUUGAAAUCAGAAAUAGAGGAAACUACGAGACAGAUGAAUUUGUUACGAGAGGAGAGGGACCAUGACAUGAAAAAGUAUCAGUCCUUAAUGUUGGAGUUAGAGGCGGUGGGUAAACAUAGGGAUUUUUUGCAAGAACAACUGGAGAAGUAUCAGUCUGUAAUGUUGGAAUUUGAGGCAAUGGGUAAACAUAGGGAUACCUUGCAAGAACAACUAAGCCAGGAGGAGCAAAAAACUGCAGCUGCAAGAGAGAAGCUAAACGUUGCUGUUAGAAAAGGGAAGGCUCUGGUGCAACAGCGAGAUGCCCUGAAACAGACCAUUGAGGAGAUGAAUACUAUGGCGGAACACUUAAAAAUUGAGCAUAAUAAGCAAAUAGAAGCUUUAGAAUCAGAAAAAUCUUUCUUGGUGAAUCAGUUGGCAGAAAGUAAACAGAAUCUGGAACAACAUAGCCAAAAAUUGAAUGAAUUGCUGUCAGCUGUUCUUUCCAUUGACAUUGGCAGAAACAUUAACGUUACUGAUCCUAUCCUUAAGAUGGAAGAAAUUGGGAAAGUCAGUCGUGACCUGCAUUUAGCAGUAGUUUCUUUUGAGAAUGAAGCAAAGAAAUCUAAACAGGCAGCUGAACUUUUAUUAGUUGAGUUGAAUGAAGUACAGGAUAGAGUCGACAUCCUCCAGGAGGAUCUGGAAAAGGCUGAAGCUGCACUUGCAGAAAGUUAUAAGCAGAAACUUGAUGCCGAGGCUGCUAAGAUGGAUGCUGUUUCACGUCUUGAACAAUUUAUGUUGGUUCAUUCUGAUGAAAGAAAGAAGGCAUUGGAUACUUUGAUGGAGUUGAAGUCUGGGAUUGAUAAACUUACGAAAGGCCGCAUUGUGUUCUCUAAUCUUUUUUCUGAUGUCCUCAGAAAGGAUAUGGAUACCUUCUCACAUUUGAAGUCCUAUUUGGAAUCCAUCUUGCAACAAGUAAAUGAUGAAAAUGUGACAGAUCUACCUGUUCUUGAAUGUAGCAACCUUCAUAUCAAUCCAACAAUUGAGGAGAAUGCUCAUGCUGAUGGUGACGUCUGGCUACUUAAGUUCGAUUCACAUUUUGGUGACAGUUUGAUAGCCGAGCGUCUUGCUCUAGCUUGCUCUAGCUUGCAUGAGUGCACAAGGGAAUAUGAUGAUCUGAAAGACAAAAUACAUCAACACCUCUAUUCCAUUCAUGAACAGGCAACCUUUCUGUCAGAAAUCUUGGAGACUGUAAAAAGAAAGUUAGUCUCUCAGAAGGAGUAUUCAGAAUCACUCAAGAGAGAAGUUACAAGCCUUGAAUUGGCAAUCAAGGAGAAGGAGAAUGAAAUCAGUUCAGCGCGUAGAAAUGUCUCUCUCCUUUAUCAAGCAUGUAGGUGUUCCAUUGAAGAGAUUCAGGAUAGAAAAGCUCAAACACUUGGUAGAACCUUUACUCCUGAAGGACACAGUUCUGAAGCAUCCGGGGCUGUCACACUGCUACCUUACAUUGAUGAGCAAGACGAUGCUGGUGGACAUAUUGUUUACACAGAUCACUCUAUUGGAACAAUUGCUGACUCUUUGUUAUCAGCCAUUCAGAGCUCGACCAGUAUUAAUGAGAGGGAAGAAUAUAACCAUAGGAAAUUGAAGGCUACCAUAUUGGAUUUGCAGAGAGAACUUCAGGAAAAGGAUGUCGAAAUGCUGAGGAUUACUGAAGAGCUAGCGUCUCAGAUUAGAGAUGCAGAGACUGUUGCAAGGAGGUCUUUGACAGAUCUUGAUUCUGCGAGGACACAGGUUUCUUUACUUGAGAAGAAGGUGUCUGAGACGGAGAAUGAUAAGAAGUUACUAGAAUCAAGAAUUAGUGAGCUAAAAGAUAGUGAGGCUUCAUCACAAGAGUUGCAAGGCAAAUUGAAAUCUUUAACUGAUAUACUAGCUGCCAAAAACCAAGAAAUUGAAGGGCUAAAGAGUGGCCUCAUGCAAGCACUUGAUGAAGAAGAGUCAAAGACGGAAGCACUGGAAAACAGGAACAUGGAACUGGAGGAAAUAGUGCAAGAGAAGAUUCUAGCAUUGGAGAACGUUGAAGCCUCCAGGGAAAAGGCUUUAACAAAGCUUUCAACUACAGUGAACAAGUUUGAUGAGUUGCACAAUUUGUCGGAGAAUCUACUGCUGGAGAUAGAAAGCCUUGAAUCGCAAUUAAAAGAAAGGGAUGCUGAGAUCUCAUUCCUGCGUCAAGAAGUAACUAGAUGCACCAACAAUGAUCUGGCCUCACAAGAAACUAACAAGAAAUACCAGUCUCAGAUAAACGACAUGCUAAAUAAAAUGGAAAUGAUGGUUUCACGUUUUGGGGAAUCACAUAUACACGCCAAUGAUGAGAACUGCAGUCAAAUUCAUGUAUAUACUGACAUCCUAGAUAAAAGAAUAAUGUCCAUUAUGAAUGAAUUAGAAGAUUUGAGGGUAACAGCUCAAAAGAAAGAUGUCUUGCUGCAAAUGGAAAAAAGUAGAGUUGAAGAGCUGCUACUUAAAACUGGAGAUCUUGAAACCGUAUGCAAUAAUGAGAUCCAGAGAGAGCCAUCUCAAAGACAGAGAGAUUCCGUUCAUUCAUCCAGCAUGAACUCCCCAGUGCAUGUAGAGACUGAACAAAUGGUACAGAGAAACAAAGCAUCCUCUGCUCCAAUUGUGACUCAUAUCCGCAGUGGACGAAAAGUAAACAAUGACCAAAUUGCUAUAGCUAUAGAUUCGGAGAAGGAUGACAAUCUCUUAGAUGACGAGGAUGAUGACAAGUCACAUGGAUUCAAAUCACUUACUAUGUCUUGUCUUGUCCCAAGAGCUACUCGGCCUAUAUCAGAUAGAGUUGAUGGGAUAUGGGUAUCAGCUGAAAGACUGCUAAUGAGGCAACCUACUUUGCGACUUGGUGUUAUUCUGUAUUGGAUUCUAUUGCAUGCAUUACUUGCCAGUAUUAUUUGAGAACACCAUUUCCUUUACUUAGGUGGAUUAAUUGUACACGCAGGAACUACAGCUAUUUGCUUCCCCAAGUUGGUUGGCAAUGGAGCUCAAAGAUUAUCAGUAUAUAUAAUGUGAUUCUUGCUUCAAAAGAAAUCCUAAGAUACAAUUGAGUUAUCUACCUAUUGUUUUUACCAUCCAGGAGCUGACAUACUUUCUCAUGGUAUUUUUUUUCUCCAUCUGAGGUAAAUCUCAGCUCCUUUGGGUUACAUUCAAAUAAGAGCGCGCACACAGAUCCUGAAGAAAAUUAUCAUCCGACCAAUCUAAAAAGAACAUGUGGAGAGUUUGCCUAUACACCUUUGUACAUUAUUAUUGUAUUACUCUUAACCUACAGUUUGCGGAAAUUGUAAUAUAUUCGUUUUUCUCCAACACAAGAAAUACAGAUGAUUGGGUGAAUUUUGGAACAAAAUCAUACGCGUAGCUUUUUCUUUCUUUUUUUUUGUCUGUAAAACAAAAUGACGGUUGUACUUGGUUUUCUGACAGCAACUCUUGCAUUAUUCAACAUGGUCCGUCUUAACUUCUCACA